AAUUAUAAUUUUAAAGAUAGUACAAAUUAACAAUGACACUAUGAAUACAUUGUAACUUUGGAAUAUAUAUAUGGAAUCUUCGAGUAAUGGUGCAACCAGUCGGCACUAUGACAGUGAAAACAAUGAUGGUGGUGCGAUUCCGUUGCCACCUGGAAUGGAUGCUAGUUGGUUUGCAAGAGAAGGUAUAAAUGUGCUAUUAAAUGGUGGUGUUGGCCAUGCUGAGCAGUUGUUUAAGAAGUUCAGGCAAUGCAGCCCACAACUAUCAGCUGGUGCCAGUCUUGUUGAUUUUAUUACUGCUGCAAUGACAUUUGAAGACGAAAAAAUGGAGCAUGCAUUAAACAGUUUAAAGGGAACAAUAAAAAUGUGCCAAGUUGAUACACUAUUCGAAGGAAUCAUACACAAGCGACCGUCAGAGAAGUGGUCAACUGUAGAACGCAUCGAAAGAAUGAUCAUAUGGGCAGAUUGUGAAUUGUUCUUGGCUUUUCUUAUGUUUUUGAAACAGAGUGUUAUUGAUUUUGUAAAAGCGGGUUAUCACAUGAGACGUGCUUGGAAAAUGUAUGAUAAAUGUCAAAAAGAAAUUCUUGGGUUCGAGACGGGAAGUGUUAAUUCAAAGGAUAAUACUCAAAAAAAAAGAAAGAAAUCAAAUCGAACGCCCACACCCCCAAGUAAUCUUUCAUCAGAAGAUACCAACACUUUAAAUGCUUCUCUCAGUUUUGGAUACGGUUUAAUUCAAGUGGCUGUAUCUAUUGUACCAACAACUCUUUUAAAAGUCUGUGAAAUAUUUGGUUUUACUGCUGAUCGAGAUAUUGGAUUAAAUGCAUUACAUGUGUCUAGUAGCAGUAAAGAUAUGAAAGCUCCAAUAGCCAGGUUAACUUUACUAUGGUACCACACUGUUGUGCGACCCUUUUGUGCAUUAGAUGGUAACAAUAUCGAAAAAGGUCUUCACGAAGCCUCCCUUAUAUUGUUGGAUUCUGAAAAAGAAUUUCCUACUUCAGCUAUAUUUUUAUAUUUUAAAGCUUUAAUAUGUCGUCUUAGGGGUAAUCUUGAUGAAGCACUUGAGAUUCUUACAAAAACAAUGGAGACAUCUAAGGAACAGAGAGAAAUAGCAUUACUCUGUUCUUACGACCGAGGUUGGUGUCACCUGAUGAAGUUGGAAUGGGAACAUGCUUAUCCAUGUUUUUCACAGUUAAAAAGUCAAUCCCGUUGGUCUGAAGCAUAUUACACUUAUUUACUAGCAGUGACACUUGGUGCUUUGGGAAGAUCAGAUGAAGCAUAUAUAUUUUUAAAAUCUGUUCCAAAAUUAGUAGUUCGCAAAACACAAUUAGAAAUAUUUCUAGCUCGAAAGUCUCAUUUAUUCAAAAAGUCUGCACCUUCUGAAGUAGAAUAUAUAAUUUUGGGGUUAGAAUUACUUUAUCUUUGGAAUGCGUUACCACAAUGUUCUGAAGAAGGACUUCGCAAGAUGUUACUUGAGUUGAACAAGUGUGAAUCACCGGGUAUGCAACCGUUGAAAUCCUUAAUUAUGGGUUCCAUUUUUUCUAUACUUGGCGACAUGCAAAAUUCGUUAAUGCAUCUACAUACGGCUUCAUGUAAAACUGACACCAAAGCUACCGAUCCUCAUGUGAUUCCGUACGCGCUUUAUGAAUUAGCGGUUAUACAAAUUCAAAAAGAGGAGAAUUUUGAAAAAGGAAGAGAAAUUCUGCACAAGGUGAAGGAUACCUAUUCCGGUUACGAUUUCGAGAAUCGGUUGAACUUUCGAUUGCAUGCAGCAUUAAAUAAUUUGGAUGAUCGAGAUGAUUUAUCACGUGCUCAGAGUAAACUUGCUGCUCCAGCUUUGGACGGUUUAUAGAAAGUAGAUAAUUUAUUACAGUUUUCAGGGUUUUUUUUCAACGGAAAAAAGUUGUUCGAUACAUCUCGAUAUGGCUACAUCAAGUCAUAUUUUAAAACAACUCCAGUCUCCAGUUUUUUGUGACAAACAAAAUUAGCAAACAUCAUUCAAUUCUCUCUGCAAAGCAAGAAUUUCUAUACACAACGGCAGUUUUCCUCUAUUUCUUCAGAGUUUGGUACAUGGUCAAUGAUUUUUAUGUUUUGACUAGUGUAAAUAUUAUGCCACUUUGAUGACUUUUUAAAUGAUCCUUAUAGAGUUUCAUUGUCGUUUAGACACGAAACUCGACUAGCAAACAAACAGUCUAAGCUUCCAAACUUGUAUUAUAUAAAAUAAUAUUAAAAAAAAAUAAUAUUAUGAAAUAAUAUUAUAGAAAAAUCUCUAUUAAAAAAUCCUUUCUAAAAACAAAUUUUAUUUCAAAUUGCAACAUGAAUCUGCAAAUACAAUAUAUAAAAUGUGGGAUCACGUAAACUAAAAACAAAGAGAAAUCAAAGUUCGGAGGAAUAAAGUUGUUAUAUAUUUCAAGUUUGGUGAAAACAUAUUUUGCGUUUUUCAACAAACAUGACCAAACUCGCUUACAAAAAGAUUGCUUCCAUUUAUGCUUUAAUCUCCAAACAUGGUUUGUAAGAAUUUUUUUUAAAUUAAAAUUGAAAGAUGGAUUGAAAAGUUGUUUUUUUAAUUUAUCAAGUUAAGGAGAUAGAAGCAUUAAUACAUUGUUUUUAUUGGGGUCGAUCAUAAAAAAGAGGGGAAACAGCUUUGAGCACAUGGGGUUGAUAAAGUAUGUACAAAUAUUUAAAUAUUUUUGAAUAAAGAGAAUUGGAAAAUUUAAUUUAUGUUAGUAUGGAAAUAUAUAUACAUAUCAAGUAAA